ACAAACAAACGUCAAUUUGACGUUAAUCUUUUUUAAAUGUUUAUUUAAACAUCCAAUUUUUUCCGGGGUGCCGGAACUACUGGAUAAUUUAUGUAAUCCAGUAGAAUGGUGAUAUAAAUGUGUUUUUUUUUAACAGAGAAGAAAUCCAUGGGGAAAUGUUGAGUCACACAGAGGGUAUUGUACUACAAUGAUUGAAUCUUUUACUGAUAGGAAUAAACAUUUAACGGUGGUGGGUAGUUAGUUCAAUCUCACAAUAUAUUCGCAACACUUUAGAAUUGAUUAAGUUGAAGGUACUUCAUUAUUCUGUGACAUACAGUUUCUUCUGAAGAAUCAAUAAAUCUACCUGUCAUGAUCUGGGCAUGUGCAAGACAAGGGCUGCAAAGUUAGUAUUCCCAAAUCUUGCUACACCCCUUAAUGUGGGUUGAUCAAUGGAAUCCCAAAUCAAUAUACUAAGCUAGUGCAUUUCAUAAUAAAAGCAAAUGUGAACAUGUAAUCUUAAAAUAAGUGAAGUAAAUAAAUACUAGUAGAGCAAUUUCAACAGAGGGUGAUAAGUCUUGGAAAGUCAAUUGAAUGUGAUAACUUGUGAUUGAUUUGGUACCAGAUGGUCAAAUGGGUCUAAUCAGUUUAUUGAGAGUAUCUUGAAUUUUUAAAAUGCAAACUUUAAGAAAGAAAACAAGCCCCAUGAAAUAUAAAAACGAAACCACCCGAUUUUUGGGAGAUGGGGUAAGUUUCAAAGCCAAACUCAUUGGAAUUUUGGAAGUUUCCGAAGCAAGAGGCGAUAGGAUGUGCCAGGAAGCACUUUCUGAUCUGAAAAUGGCCAUCAGGGCUGCGGGAGAGCAUAAACAGAGAAUAACUAUCAACAUUGCAAUAGAUGGAUUACGUUUAAGAGAUGAAAAAACUGGAGAUUCUCUUUAUCACCAUCCAGUUCAUAAAAUUUCAUUCAUAGCUCAGGAUAUGACUGAUUCCCGAGCUUUUGGAUACAUUUUUGGUUCUCCUGACACUGGUCAUAGGUUUUUUGGGAUAAAGACUGAUAAAGCUGCAAGUCAGGUUGUUAUAGCAAUGAGAGAUCUCUUCCAAGUGGUGUUUGCUUUGAAGAAGAAAGAAAUAGAAUUGGCAAAGCAACACUUAGAGAAAACUUGUUACCCUUCAUCUCCACUAUUUUCUGAUAGCUCUAGUUCCAGUUCAAAAUUACAGAGUGUGCCGAACGUAUCAAUAAAAUCAGUAGCCGACGCAAAAGCGAGCAGCGCCAAUGAUUCGAAGAACUCAGGCACUGCUGUUGCAGAUUUGGUGGAUUUGGAAUUGGAGCUGAAUAGUUUGCAGCAGGGCCUAAAUCAAAUGGAAAGGAUUACGCCGUCCGAUCCUUUUGGUUCAAAAGAUGAUCCUUUCGGGGAUAGUUUCAUCAGUUAUCCAACAAAAGCAAUUCUUCCUCCUCCCCCAUCCUCGGGCAAAGAACGGGCAAGUAGAACAUCCGAGUCAAGCAGCAUUUUCAGCCCCAAGACUCCACACACUGGAGCGAGCAUGGAUACGCACAAGAAAAAGGAUUUCUCGUUUUCACAUGAAUUCAACAGUUCACAUGAAGAGCCGAGCAGUGGUGAUUGGUUUACACCAUCUGCUGGCAACAGCAUCUUCGAAGAUCCUUCGCCUUUGCCUUCGGAACCAACGAAAGACGAUAAGCACGAACAGACCAAACAGGAGAUUCUUUCUCAGUUCGACGUCUUCACAGAAUUGGAUCCUUUAGGUACCGGUAGAAGUAAGCCAUAUAUUGACCGAAAACAUUUCUUUCAAGAACUCAAAAACCCACCAAAAAAAGCCCUCAAUGAUUUGGUCAGUACCGUUAUACAAGAACCGCCCUUGUUCGCAACGAAUUUCAACCAAAAAACACCGCCGAAGUUUACCGUCGAUCCCUUCGGAGAGGACCCCUUUGUGAAAGAAGACCCGUUCGCAGACUCUGAUUUCUCGAAGCAGGAUCCGUUCGAUACGGAGUUCAGCUCGUUUCCCGCUAACGGUCCCGACAAAAAAGACACGUUACAGAACUUCAUUCAGACCGGAUUGUCUAAAUCUCCAAAAAGUUCUGUGCUUGAGAGUCAAAUAUCGCUGAGCACCUCGCCAAAGAGCAUAUCUUUUAGCAGACAGAGCACUUUCGACGUUCAAUUCAACAAACUGUCUCACUCUCACGAAAAUCCGAGCUUGGACGUGUCUUCAGAAGGGGAAUGCGCUCCGGAACCGCCUCCCAGACCCACGCCUAACGUCAUGUACAUAAAACCGCCUCCGCUUCCGCCUAAGAAACAAACGAACGACUUAGCCGUCAAGCCGCCUCCUAGGCCACCCUACCACGCGGAGGAAUCUCCUUACGAGUUCAUCGACAAGUACGAGACCGCCGUUAACAGCGUGGAGUUCAAAGAGAAAGGCCCUCCGUUGCCGGUGCCCGCGCGAAAGGCGAAAUUCGAUUCGGAGUAUCCUCCGGAGCGACCCAGGAAGCACUUCAACACUUCCCUAAGCGAGGAAGACUACUUGACGCCGAUAUCAUUCCUGCCGCCGCCUCAGAAAAGUACAAAGAAACCGAACGCUCAGGUAUUGUCUGCUUUAGAGUCGAAGUCAGGCGUGACUUCCGGCGAGGAGGGUUUGGGAACGUCCCUGGACGGUUUGGACAUUACACUGAGCCAGCUGACGCUGAGUGGACUAAAUGAACUGGCAUGCAAGCUCAACAUUCCGCCUGGCCAGCUUAGCAAUAUGACACUAGUGCAAUUAACGAAUUUCUUGUCAAACUUCAUCAAAUCGAGCGACCACGCUCCUCCUGCGACCUCUAAGAUCGAGACCUCGACGUUCGCGGAAUUUCCCCCCUUUCAAGCCGAUUUCGCGGCCAAUUUCGAGAACUCGAACAGCGCUACUGAUCCGACCUACGACAGGUACGCAGUGUUCCGCGAGCUGAUACAGGAGGAGAUUAAGCAGACGAAAAUAGACUCGGAACCAGAGGAGAUACUCGAGGAAAAGGAGAAACUGGAGAAUUCGGCGAACAGCAAUGUGAGCUUAGAUUUGAAUCCGCUGAACGAAGCGGAUCCUCCCGUCGCUGAUAGGUACGCGGCGCUCAGGGAAAUUGUAGAGAUCGAGCUGAAGCACUCCGAGUCGGACAAGGAGGAUGUAAACCGGAAUCGCUCGGGUGAAAUCGAGGAUAUUGCCGAGGAGGAGGAAGACGCCUCUGAAGCAAUUAUUUUGAAUGACGAAGUAUCUAAAGAAACGGACAAUCUCAACAUGAUCAAUAGGGAGAAUACUCUUCAUGUGGAAGGUAAGGAAAAGGAGUCCAUUUCUCCUCUGGAAACGAACAUAACCGAGUUUAUGAACGGGGGCGAAAUGGAGAUUAUAACACCCAUCAAGUCUCCAGUUAAGUCGACAUUGGUGAAGAGUCCCGUUCCUAGCGUUAUCACGGAGAUGGUUCAGAACAACACCAGAUUGACGUCGGGGUCGUUAUCGGACGUUGUUAGCGGUAGCUCGCCUGAGGUUGAUAAUACUGCUAGUAAUUCUGAUGUCGGUAAAAAGACCGCCGAUGCUACAGGUGAAUCUUGGGCGAUUUUCGAUCAGGGAACUAUUCCCGUAGAAUCAGUAACUGAAAACCAGGAAAAACAGAGCGAAGAAGGAGUAUCCCCUUGGUCCAGUGAUUCGAAAGAGUUUGGUAACGGGUCUCCUCCAGGAUGGAGGAGUAAGGAUUCGGGUAGCGGAACGGAGCAAUAUCCAAAGAAAAGGCGGGACCAAGAAGGUUGGUGGGAUACUUCUGCAGAUCCUGCAGUUCACUAUUAUUCUACCAAUCGUCGUUCCACCGACAGUUACGACGAAGAGUAUUACGAAUGUUGCGAAAGGCCAAGGCGACGAAGGCAACAGGCGGGAAACUGGCAGCACGGGGGUCAAGCCACCGGUGGUCAUUCUUCCAGCUCCCGAGAUGUAAGCCCUUGGGAGGAAGAGCCUCGAAAACGAGAACUUAGGGAAGUCAAAGAUCCAAGAACUGCAUACAGGUACGCCAGAGGGCAUUCUUUUGAGAGACAGCGUGAUCGUAGGCUUACAGACAGCUGGGAUGAGGAUGAUGAUUAUGAAUAUGAAGAAGAACAUUCAAGAAUUCAAUGGUCUAAUCGACAUAGAGACCCUGAAAUGGAAGGCAGACAUAGUACCGGCAGCCGAGAGCAUGAAAAUGAUCGGUGGUGCGAUGAAAGAAGUGAAGACAGAAGGCACAGGAGGAGACGAGACGUGAGAGAUCGGUGGUGCUGUUCCGAUUGGGUGGAAACAGAACAUGAAAAACCACCUAGAUAUGGCAGUAGCCGAUGGACGUCAUCCGAGCCUGAGCAUCUGAAAUGGCGCGAACGUAAAAACGACGAGCGAUAUUAUAGCAGGGAAUCUCAAGAAUCUCCGUGGGAAGAUGAAUACACAAACGAACCUGACAAUUCUCCCCAUUAUAUGUCAAAGAGAAAUUGGAAACGGCCAAGUAGCGCUUCUGAAAUGGACAGAAAAACAGGAGAAAUCAAAUCGAGGCAUCAUCUAGGGACAGGUGGCAGUGAUGGCGAGAGAGGUGACAGGCGGUACAAACCUGGAAGAAGAUCUCGAAGUAGAGACUCGCAAUACUCUGAACCCUCGCAAUACCGACACAAAAUGGAGUUAGGUCCGUCAAUGAGAACCGUUCACAGAAACAAACCCCACGUUCAUUCCAAAAUGUUAGAGGGGGAAUUCCCCGAGAGCUCGAUCAAGAAAUCUUCAGAAGUAAAACUCGAUGGAGGAAAGAAAACGUCGACUCUGACGCGAAAAAAGACAAAAGAUAGUCCCAAAACCGAAGAAAAUGUGGCAGGUACAGUCCCUAGAAAGUCUAACAGCCGAGGAAAGCUGAUUUUUGAGAACGAUUUUGUGGCAGAUGAUGGCCAUGUGAUCACUCCCAGAACAAAGUUCAACUUUGAUAAUGAUUUCGAGAAUUCGGAGACAGAAUCGCCCAUUAUAUCUCGACCAAUCAAGACUUUGAGACAACAAACUAUGUUCGAAAAAAGCUCCCCUCCAGUGGAGAAGGAUUUUAAAGAUCGACAGAGGGGCAGUUCAUUGAGGGCGUCGAAAUUGUCUCCUCGGUAUCCAACUAAAACCAAGUCACAUUUCGAAGACGACUUUUCUCCUAGUGAUAAACCUGAACAGCCGGAAAAAAGAAGAUAA